UAUUAUCAGCAAUAUAACAAUUAUAAAAGCCUGAGAAUCGUCAUCAUAACAAUAACAAUAAAAAAAAAAACGGGGGCCCUAAGAUUUCCUCCCUCCUCCUUCUCCACCUCCCCUCCCUUUUCCACUGGGCCCUGGAAAAGCCAUGAAUUUUGAAUUUGAGAGGGAGAUCGGGUUUAUAAAUAGCCAGCCUUCGCUCGCAGAGUGCCUGACGUCUCUUCCCGCUGUCCUGGAGACAUUUCAAACUUCAUCAAUCAAGGACUCGACAUUAAUUCCACCUCCUUUUGAGCAAACCUUCCUCAGCCUGAAUCCUUGUUCCAGCAACCAGGCGAGACCAAGAAGCCAAAAAAGAGCAACGCAUGGCCUGGUCCAGCAGCGCCCAAACCAUCUUGGCCCUUUGGCCGCAGAAUUCCCCUGGAUGAAAGAGAAGAAAUCAACCAAGAAAGCUACCCAGACUCCAUCCUCCUCUUCCUCUUCGCCAUCCUCUUCCUCCUUCCCGGGAUCUGCGGCUGGAUCUCCUGCAGACACCCAGGGGCUCCCAGAGACCAGCGCGGGCGGCUCCCGGCGGCUCCGGACUGCUUACACCAACACCCAACUCCUGGAGCUGGAGAAGGAAUUCCACUUCAACAAAUACCUGUGCAGGCCCCGUCGGGUGGAGAUCGCGGCCCUGCUGGACCUGACCGAAAGGCAGGUCAAGGUGUGGUUUCAGAACCGCCGGAUGAAACACAAGCGGCAGACCCAGCACCAAGACCCCUCAGACGGGGACCUCGGCUACCCCAACCUGGAAGAAGGCAACGACGAGGCGGAGGAGAACUCCCCGUUUGGCCAAGCCCUGGAGACCCCCUGCCCUUUUCAAACCAAAACCCAGCAGCUGCCCGCAGAGCCCCAGAGCCCCGGCUACCCAACGCCCACCGCAGAGCCGGGGUCCAUAAUGGAGCCGAGUGGGGCAGCGGGCAGCGUGGACAAUGCCUUCCCGGAGAGGCAGGAGUCUCCUUUGUUGCCAGAUCUGAGCAUCUUCGCCACAGAUUCCGGCCUCCAGGGCUCCCUGCAGAGCCCCGUCCACUUCUCGGAGGAAGACCUGGACUUUUUUACAAGCACACUGUGUACUAUAGACCUGCAGCAUCUGAAUUUCCAAUAACAGUCCCACCCAGGUCUCUCUGCCUUGGCCGUGUCGCCCCUUUCACACGAACCUCCACCAGCUCCCCACUGGACACCAGACUAUUUCUAUCAUGUAGCCAUGUACGGUCUCAUACCCCGUCUCCACUCGCCCCCGCCCCCUUUAAAAUUCGUUCUAAUGUGGAAGCUAGAUCAUAAGAAUGGCCCAUCCUUUAAAUAGUUAUUCCGAUAGUCUCCAAAAUAAAAGAAUCCUCUGUGUUUACUAAAUUCAGGUAUUUAAUUACACUUUUAUUCUCUUAUUUAUUUAAAAGAAAUAAACAACUCCCCACUUCACCCCUCACACACACACACACACACACACGAGAGAAAACAUUUGUAAAUCCUUCAAGUGACUUUCUCAGGAAUCCGAGCGAAACUUUUAGAUUUCUUAAUAAAAAUAAAUAAUAAUAA